AAUAAACGUACGGGUUUGUUUCAAAGAAAACCGGUUACUAGGGCUCUUUGUUACCGCGGAUACCCGUAUGGCCUAAGUACGUGCGCGCCAAGUUUCAGGUCAUCUGAGUGAUAUAAGCGACAUCAAACACGGUGUUGCAUGAUUUUGUUCGUUUAUUUCUUCGUUGUACCCGAUGAACGCGUCCACGUUCGUACGCACUGUGCAUUUAGACUCAACGGAUGUCGAGCUCGCCAUACAUCAGUGGAUGGAAGGAGACGUGGGUUGCGUCGUGUGGGACGGCGCGCUCGUGCUGGGUAAAUACAUCGACCACAAGAACUGUGUUGGCGAGUGGGAUGCGAAGAAAAAUGUUCUGGAGUUGGGCUCGGGAACAGGCAUCGUCGGCAUCGUUAGUGCUAGCUUUGGAAACGACGUCCUGCUCACCGAUCUCCCGCAGUUCGUGCCGCUGCUGGAGAAGAACCUCGAGGAAAACCGUGACCGCCUCAGGGGAAAGGCUUCCGUCCGUACGCUAGAGUGGGGCGCCCCAUAUCACAAUGACAUGGUGGCCCCCGACGUCAUGCUGAUAAGCGAAUGCGUCUACUACGAAAAGGCUGUUGACCCGCUGCUGAAGACCAUGACAGAGUUGUGCGGCCCGACCACGGAGAUACUCGUGUCUUACGAGGACAGAGACAACGAAGCCAACUCGGCGGCAGUCGCCCGCUUCCUGCGGGGUUGCCGGCAACACUUUCUCGUCGAAGAGGUGCCCAGCAAGGAGCAGCACCCUGAUUUCUCCAGCCACGACAUUCACAUCUUGAGGCUGAGACCCUUUAGCAAGUGA